AUGGACGCCCCUCGUGACUACAUGCUGGCAAAGGUCGUGAACGUCCUCGGACGCACGGGCAACACGGGCAACGUGACCCAAGUGCGCGUCGAGUUCCUGCAGGAUGACAAGCGCAAGAUCAUCCGCAAUGUCAAGGGCCCCGUGCGGGAGGGAGACAUCCUGUGCCUGCUCGAGUGGGAGCGUGAGGCUCGCCGUCUGAGAUAG